AUGGAUGCCGUGGAAGAAUCGUCUUUGUUGGCUUACUCAGAAAGAAAUUUGUUCUAUGAGAGGAAGAACAUGAAGAAUGCCAAAAGAAACCCAUUUAGGAAUUUGACUAAUGGCAAAGCUAGAGAUUAUCUUAUUGUGAAAUGUGACAACAAAUCUUCUUCAAAGCAUUAUCGAGACGGAUCUGAGGAAAGCGGCUUGACAUUGAAUGUGCCGUACUCAAUGAAUCGCAAGUAUCGCUUUGCGACAAUGCAAUCGUUACAGUUACUAAGGAAUUCUCCUGAAAAACAAGAGAUUGUCGUCGUUCAUGAACAGGUUUUAUCUAACCUGCAGGCAAAACGUGCUGUGAAAUCCAAAUACUAUAAAAGUUGCGAAGGGGUCGACCAUGAUCUUCAACUUCCUGGAAGUGUUGGUUUUGUCAACACACUAACUUCCUGGUCACAAAAAAAGAAGAAGAAAGCUUCUAAUAAGAAACGGAAAAGGGAAGGAGAAGAGGAACUGGAAGAUCACAAAGAAAUUGUUCCUUUAAAUUUGACGGCUUACACGAUCUCCAGAUGUUUACCUUCAUUGGCGAAUAAAAGCAGAAAACACGGUAGGAAAACGCGAGUGCAUAAUAAACGUAACUGGUAUGAUUCGGAUGUUGAUUCUGCAACUGAUGAAUUAUUCUCAGCAGACGACCUUUUUGUGCGUAACAUUUCUCGGGAGGAAUUAUAUUUCAAGGAUGUUAGUAUAGGAGAAUUUCUUUCUACCUAUCCUAAACAACAAAAACCAGAAACAGCUAAGGAGGCCGAACCGACAAAGACAGAAAGCAGGGUGUCUAAGUCGUUAGAUUUCACACCAAAACUCGUUGAAAUGCCUAAAGAGGUUUCAAGCAGAUUCGAAUUUGACACUGCUUAUGAAAUUUGUGGUUGGGAGGAGAACAGUUUUGAAAAUGAAGCUAGCAAAAUUGUCGACAUUCUUCCGAAAGGAGCGAAGUUCGUCUGGCUAACCACCACCAACAGGGCAUUCGCAGUUCAAAUAUUUCUUCGAAGAGAAAAUGAGUCGUUGAAAAUAUUUCCAACUUUGAAUAUUAUGUUCCAGUUGGAGCCUCCAACAGCUAUUUAUAUACAUAUGGAUGGUGCAUUCGUUUUUACAUAUGGUGCGGAAAAAAUUCAAAGUCAGUUAUUGGAAAGGUCACCUCGAAAUCUCAGAGAAUUGGUAAACUGGUGUGUCGAAUCGCUUAAUGACUGGAAUGAUCCUCAUAAUGCAAUGUGUGGUUACAUUAGUUAUCCGGACUACAAGUUCCCUGGUGGGGAAACUCCAGGAAAAAAAUGUGUUGACGUAAAAGAUUCUGGCUGUUUUUCUGAAUAUUAUCAAUAUUGCGAGUUAAUUUUUGACGACUUAGCCACAAAGGAUGAUGGAGAUUUGAUUAAACUGGUGGAAAGAACACAUGGAGGAAAUGGCAGGGAAGAAUUUGGUGAUUUUGAAGUAAUUGAACCUAAAAAGGCCGCUGCAUGCUUAAUCUGCAACAUUGUUCCUUCAUCUGGAAGAGUUUUAUUAAACUGUUUGCACAGCGUCUGUGUCCGCUGCUUGAAGAAUUCUUUGAUUACGCAGUUGCGCACUGAUGUCUAUCCUCUACGUUGCCCGCUUUUGGAGAAGUUGAACAAUCGGGAAACAAUUUGUUGUCCUGGUUGUUUGGGAAUAGGUGAUAUUCCAGAGUUACUCCGCUACAGUGCCCUUAGAUGCACUAAAUGUCUUUUGUGUUUUUGUUCUAAAUGUGGAAGCCCUCCACAUCAUCCGUUAAGAUGCAUGGAAGCUGAAUAUUGGGUGGAGAAAUUUAAGCAGACAGGAAAGUAUGUUGCGUUGCGACUCAAAGGAGAGUUACAAGAAAAAAUGCUUAUUCGUAAAUGCUUUAUGUGCAAGAAAGAGAUGGAAGCAGGUGACUUGGUUCCAAGUGUGCGCUGCCCGUGCCAUAGUUGGUGUUAUUAUGAUUGGAAAACUGGAGAGAAGAUUGUUGAGAAAUGGUGUAGUGAUAGAAUUUAUUUCGAUGGACAGUGGCGAAAGGCAUCGGAAAUGCCAGCAGUGCUUGUUAAAGAGUAUUGCCCAACAUAUUAUGUAGAGGCAGACUACUGUAGACACUGGUAUGAGGCGGCGCAGAUGCGCAGGUCUCGUCUGUAUUUGCGGAAUGAUGAUGAAAGGACUGGUAUAAUAUCCGGAAGUCUGCCAGUAACGAGAUCACGAUCCGCAGCGGUUUACUAUCUACUGCAGUAUGGUUAUAUAUGGCUGUACAUUCACCGUCAUGAUGAGGGGUUCAAAUUAAGUGAAAUCCGUUCGCGUUUAGAGAGGGUAGCAAAGACGUGGAACGCCAUUCAGGAAAAACAAAAAGCCUCUAGUCUUCCAAAAGUUGCAAAUCGUGAUCUCCAGACUCUUGCAAGUCAUCUUGAUGAGAUGCUCUCCGAACUAUUAUCUGACUUCAAGAGCUGACGAGGCAAAUUAGCGGAAACUAGGGAAUUGGUUUGUGAUGUUUCUUAA